AAAAGAGACAAGAGUUAUAUACUAUGAAAUUAAUUAGAUUAUUUAAAACAAUGUUCAACUAUUCUAAACAUGUAUAUUUUUAUAUCAUUGUAUUAUUUUUAUCAUUACAUAUUUUAUACUUAUUCAUUACUACUACCAAUAAACAGAUCACCGUUUAUGAAGAAACUAUUCACAAACAGCAACAUGAUGAUUUAUUGAUACCACAAACAUGUUCUAAUAUUUGUCAACUCAUAACUAAACUAUCUAAAAACAAAUUGAAUUAUUUUUUAAAACCCAUUCAAAUGCCUCGUCGAUUAUGGCCUAAUUUCAAUGCAGAUUUACAAACAUUAUACAAUAUUAGUGAGUUUCAUUUACCUGGUGGAUCAUGGAUGUACAAUCCGAAUAUUCACAAUAAUAACAAUAAUCAUAAUAAUAAUCGUAAUGUUGACAAUCAAGAACAACAAUAUACAACAGUUAAUAAAGAAUUCUGUGAAACUAUUCCACAAAAUGGAGUUGCUAUAAUUAUCGCAUUAAAAAAUCAAUUCAAACAACUUUAUAUCACUUUGUCUACACUUAUCCCUAUACUACAAAAACAACAUUUAUGCUAUCGUAUAUUUAUCAUUGAACAAAUUGACCAUUUGGUAGCAAUCAAUAAAGGUAAAUUAAAUAAUAUUGGAUUUAUUGAAGCAUUAAAAUAUUUUCAAUUUAAAUGUGUCAUAUUUCAUGCCGUCGAUUUAGCACCAAUUAACUAUUACAAUUCAUAUCGAUGUGAUGACGCAUUGACUAAACAGAUAGUAAUUCAUUUAAGUCCUGCAAUCAGCAGUAAUCGAUUUAAAUUACCAUAUGAAACAUUUAUUGGUGGAGUUUUAAAAAUUUCUUCACAUCAUUUUAUCACUGUCAAUGGUUAUUCUAAUAAAUAUUGGGGUUUGACGAAUGAAAAUGAUGAUAAUUUUGAAAAACGUCUUAAAACUACUGGGAUUAGAUAUAUACAUGUAAAUCAUAGAAUUGGACGAUAUAUUCAUAUACCACAUACAUCACAAUAUAAUAUACAAUCAAAUAAUUUGGAAAAAUUAUUAGAAAGAUCAAAUAAAUUGAUGAAUUCUGAUGGAUUAAAUACAUUAUCAUAUAAAAUUGUAUCACGAUCAGAUCAACCAUUUUUUACACAUUUUCAAGUGUUAAUUAAACAAAGUCAAUACUUUUACUAAACCAAAAAAAAAACAACAUAUUUUCAAAUGGAGCAAAGAAGAAAAUUUUAUUUUUCCCCUAAUGUAUGUAUAUAUAUGAUGUAAUUUAUCAUUUUUAUAAUACAGA